AAAAGUAUUAACAAAUGAAUGACUUUAUUAGUAUUUUUUUGCAGCAAUGGCGACUUAUGAGCUGCCUCAUGUCAAACAAAACUAUUGGGAAAUGGAUGGCUGCCGCCACGACUUCCACUCGAUAAAAUGUAUUUUGUGUGCGAGGCCCCAGGCUAGGUGGCGCCUGCCAUUUAGAUCGUCUGGAUUUUCAUGUCAUCUGUUUGUAUAUUUAAUUCUCGAAACCAAGCAAGCAUUUCCGUCAAAUAUGAGGAAUGGAAGCCACAACAUUUAUGCAAAAAAUUUAGCGCGUUGGCUAAUCUGUUUGCCAUCGACAGAAUUCUUCUUGGCCAUCUGGGAAAAUUUCUUGGUGGGUUUUCCAUUCAAAACGCUCUCGACUUGACGCUCCUGCACGUCGAAUCUCAAUAGCCA